AUGAAUGCAAACGACGCAAGGUCAAAUGCGACGGCAACAGUCCAUGUCAGAGAUGCGCUACACAAAAUGUGGAUUGCUCAUACUUUCGCCGAGGACGACGUGGUAGCUUCGAAGACUGCUCAGAAUGACCUCAAUUCGCAAAUGCGACAGAUGCAGAGUGUCCUCCACACUUUGGUAAAUAAGAUGAGUCCCCGGGCGCCAAAUAAACAAGAUGCUCGAGAGGGAGGGAAUGCAAAUGAUUCGACGGUCAGGAACUCCGACCAGCGCAACGAGCCGGUUUGGAGCGACGCAAACCCAGUUCGCGCCGAAUCACCUCAUGUGCGCGGACCAACGAGCACGGAAUUCACCCUCGACGUUGUGAAAUGCGGCUUCAGAGCUAUGGGAUAUGACUCAACCCCUCCAGCAUCACCCACCCAAGCUCAAGUCUGCGGGAAUCAAGCACUUGACACGGGCUUACUUUCAAGUUGCAAACUCAGCCCGGGUCUCAGACUGGUGACGAAAGACCCUUUAUGGCAACUCGGUAAAACCAGAGCUUUGCAGUUGAUUGGAAGCUAUACCAGCGGGCCGGGCGCGAUGUAUCCGGUGCUUCACGGCCAGAAUCUGAUUGAUCAGGUCGAGAAGCUGUUUUCGGCCGUCCACGACCUACAAAAUCCAGGUCCUUCGCAACGGAAAGCCCUCGCCUCGGAGGUCCUCCUAGCUCAUGAUCCAACGACGCUCCAACUGGUCCUGGCCAUAGGCAUCACGAUCCAGAAGAGGAGCUCUGACGAGCUUAUGCUUCGACUGUAUGACAGUGCCCAGGAAGAAUUGACAAGGUCGCUCCUGGAUACCCCGACGACCUUACAGUCUGUGGUCUGGUUGAUUUUGGCGGCUAUUUUCCAUUUUCACCUUGACGACGAGCAUAAAGCUGGCAAAUUCGUUUCCAUGGCUGCGCGAGCCUGUUUAGAGCUGGGCCUGCACCGAAACGAGAGUCUCUUGCGUAGCUUUCCAGAUAUCAAAGAGCGCAACCAAGCUGUUCUUAUCUUUUGGGCCGUCUACAUACUCGACAGACGUCAGAGUUCGGUACUUGGAAUCCCUUUCGUCUUACAGGACAUUGAUUUUGACGCGACGUUGAUGACGCCAACGCUUGAUGUUUCCUCCUAUGCUGAUUUGGAGACCCGGUCACCGAGUGCUGUUCAGGCACAAAAGGCUUCGCUACAAUAUGUGGCCGCAAUGGUUGACUUUGCAAAACUGUCGGGUAAGGCCAUCCGGAUUGUCAAUAAACUGGGUGAUAUGUCUCUCGAAUUCCCUAAAGAAGAAGUCGGCUUUCUAGACUAUCAGGUUCAGCAGUGGUACUCAAGUCUGCCUGAUAUUCUGCAAACCUCUUGUGAACGCGUAUGCGAGCACGGGAGUGGAGAUAGGGCGACUGAUGUGUCUUUCUACCUCCGAGUCGUGCUGAAGACGCGGACUUGUCAACUCCGCAACCUUUUGUGGAGGCCAGUCCUCUAUUCUACGGCCAGAGUCUCCAGGAACGCCGGUCAUGCCCGGACAGCGAUCGAGGCGGCAAAAGAGACGGUUUUGUUUCUAUGGAGGGUGAACACAUCAACGCCAUUGCUUCGGUCGCACCCCGUCUUCUUCAAGCACUUUCUGAUCAACGCUCUCGGUGUUCUCUUGCUCAGUAUCGUUCACGCAUGGGAGGAUUUUGGAUGCCACAUCAGCCAAGAUUUCUACAUGGCUCUGGAUCUCCUGAGAGUCUUGUGUGCAGAGUCACCCCUUAUCAUGCGAUACUGGGAACCCAUCCAGAGGCUGGAGAAAGUGGCGCACAGAAAUGGCCUUGAGCGUAAGCAAGUUUCUGAAGGGCCAAUUCCGGAUGAACUCUCGGACAUGAUCGCAGGUGACCAGGACGGCCACCACGCACCGACCGAAAUUAUUAUGCCGACUUGGGCAGCGGCAAACGAGUCAGAGUGUGACAUGGAUUUUAUAGAUCUGGUUGAUUUCAGGUCAGACUUCGUCACCCUCUUUGACCUUGAGGCCGGAGGCCCAAAUGCCCUUCUUGACAUUCCGCUAAACGGGGUGUUCAUGACCAAUCUUACAGCCUCAUAA